GAUAGUUCAAACCGGCGGCGGCCGGGGAGCAGCACCAUGGCGAGGCUGCCCUGCGCCGUGCCAGUGGGCGGCUUCGACUCCUCUGACGAAGAGGCCCCUGAGGAGGACCCGAGGCCGCUCCCCAUCUCCUGGCUGUCUUUGUCUCCUGUCUACUCUUCUAAAUUCCUGGGACUGUGUUCCCUUCCAGGUUGCAGGUUUAAGGAUGUUAGAAGAAAUCUUCAGAAAGAUAUAGAAGAACUAAAGAACUAUGGGACCCAGGAUAUAUUUGUGCUUUGUACCAGAGGGGAGCUCUUAAAAUACCGAGUACCAAACCUUAUAGAUACCUACCAACAGCACGGGAUCUGUGUGCACCACUAUCCUAUUCCUGACGGGGAUGCUCCUGACAUUGCCAAGUGCUGCAAAAUUCUGGAAGAGCUCAGAAGCUGCCUGGAAAGUAACCGGAAAACAAUUGUACACUGUUAUGGUGGCCUCGGACGCUCGUGUCUUGUAGCUGCGUGUCUCCUGCUUCAGCUUUCGGACACGCUGGCACCUCAGCAAGCGAUAGACAGCCUCAGGAAUUUGAGAGGAUCUGGGGCGAUACAGACCAUCAAGCAGUACAAUUACCUCCAUGACUUUCGAGAGAACCUAGCUGCACACCUGGCAACAAAGGAGACGGUACUAAGAUCGGUAUCGCGCUAACUCAUACUGGCGCGGUGUAGCUUUGUGUCCCCGUGGCUGCGGCAGACAGCGGGACAAGACGCCUCACUCCUGACCUCCACAGUGUCUCGUGCCUGCUGCCUCCGUGACACAGCUGCCUGCUUUCACACUCUGUCUUUAAUACUGCCUUAAAAAUAUAUGGAAGUGUAUUCGUGUUCGUUACUCUUCUGCUGGUGGCCUGCAUGCCUAACGAGCUUGUUUUUAAUACAAUAAUGACCUACCUCACAUAGAACAUCACUUGGUACCGAGAGCAUAUGCGUCCGCUGACAUAAGCGGCGUGCUGACAUCCUGCGCGCUGCUUCAGUGAAGGUACCCAGGGGAAGGGAGACCCCGCUGUCAAAAGCAGCGACUGAAUUUCAUUUUGACUUCACCUCUGCUCUACGUAGCAUGAGAGCUGGGACAAGCAACUGCACGUGAAGGCAGGACAUGGGAGGAAAGAGAAUAGUCCAUAACUCCUCACAGCUGCACGCAGACGUCCACUACCCAUAGCUGGCUUCUGCCCCAGUGCGUAGAGGAAGACACGAAAGUUAAUUCCUUCUCUACUACCUUUGUAAGAGAGUCAUGCUGGGAUAACAUAGUGAGGUAAAAAAUUACAAAACUUGAGCACUUUCAAAAAAACCCUCAGCUUUAGCUUUAAACCAAAGGAAAGUGAAGCAUGUGAACCUUCCUGCUGGAGUGCCUACCCCUUAUGAACUAGUAAGAACUCAGUCUAAAACGUCACAGUUCCGCCUAGUGCGGUCAGUGAUAUUAAGGAACAAGACCCCUCAUCCUGAUAGAAGGAGGUUUUACGCUGAAGGGCUGUGACAAACCAAGCAGGUGGGUUUUUAGAUGAAUGCGGUAGGAAGAGACGCUGCUGUAGCUGCGUGGGUGAGUUUCUGGCACAGCGCUCCUGCGUGCUAACGCUAGAGAAAGUAAAUAAACAGUCAGCUGCAGGCUGGAGAGAAUCUCACAGCAACACAUUGGUAACAGUGCACGUCCUUCCUGUUUAACUCUAUCUACUCGUAAAGACCAGAGAAGAUUAACAGACUCCUCAAGAAAACAUUUAAACUAGUUCUGUCCUGUUCUGAGGAAGUGAUGAUGAUCCGCCUCAGUGCCCAGGUCUCCUCUGACGCCCUGUGAGAUAAGUUUUGGCUCUGGGAAGAGGGCCCGUGUCACCCAGGCCGGGCCUUGCCCUCUUAGACAAACAGCUCUGGGCUGCAGUCACUGAGUGUCCGCAUCCUGACUGUCCUCCUGCCCUGUCACCAUCUCCUCUUCCCUUGUAGGUAAAUCUCUUAAGUGCUUUUUUCCUCCCCAAGUGUCCAGUACCAGCACCACCAAGAGCUGCCAUCCUGCUCCCAGGGUCACCCUCCUGUGCUCCCCACA